AUGAUGACAAAUGCUACCAAACAUGGUGUUUCACACCAAGAUGCGUACAAAAAGUAUAUUGGUAUACAUCAAUUGCCAAUACCAAAAGAACAUGAUCUAAUCGAAGUUGAAUCGUCAUUUGGUGGUAUUGCUAUUUAUCAAACGAAAUAUAUUCGUGACUGCAUGUACUUUGGUUAUGGUAAAAAUGGUCUUGAACUCUGUGAACAUGUUCCAUUUAAUUUAUGCAUUCGAGGCAAUGGAGGAAGAAUAUUCAUUAAUCCAAGACGAGCAUUACGAUCAAUUUUAUCCAAAAUGGAAAUUGUAGUAUGUCUUUUGACUAUAAUUCUUGAUUUGGCUUCUUCAGACGACAAGGAUAGAUCUGGACAUACUAUUGAUGAUGUUACAGUUAUUAUUUGUUCUUGUUGUUGUCAUCGAUUUUUUCACUUACCUCCACCAGAACAUAAAUACGUAAUGCAUACUGAUUAA